AUGUCCUAUGACAAUCCUUACGACUCGACUAGCCCAUUCGCUCUUUCGGAUUCUCGGAACGAGCUUGAUCUGUUGACAUUAUUUCCUGACGCCUCGGGAAACAUCGAUGUCACGCCGAAUCAUCUUUCUUUCGCAGACGGCGUUCUUCAAUGGCCUUCUUUUGACAAGGAUGUCGUGGAAUAUGAUGUCCCUGAUAUACCAGAGGCCGGUGUAAAUCCAAUGCUAGAUGAAAACUAUCUAGACUGGAUAACACAACCAGGCAAUGACGCCGAUUCAUCAACAAGGGCCGAAACCUACGGUGGCGAGAAUGAUCAACCUGAUAGUUCGCAUGGCCCACCUCUGCAUGAUUCUGUGUCAGACCAGGCUAGUGGACCAUACGGACUCUUAUCCCUCAACGAAAAGCCAUUAUCCACAAUGAGGAACAAUGGCUACAGUCCGUCUGCAAACCAACAGCUACCUUUCAAUGGAGCCCCACAGGAGCUGAGAAAUAAACGUGACCGAGGUCUUCCAAGACGUAGAAGCAGAUAUAAUAUUCAAACGAUUGGUGGAGCGACUACCCCUGUCUUCAUUCCGACAAAUACAACCCCCUCGGAUCCUCUCAUACGGUGGCAGCAGUCCCCUCCUGAAGAUGAACCUGCUUCUCUGUCUGCGAUCAAGGACGCAGUUCAGAGUUCAUAUAACAACAGCUCACUGAACGGAGACCGUACAUUCCUUGAUGGUGGAUCAGGAUUCUCUGACGACCGCAUUGCCAACCCUUUCCAAGCAUAUCGUCGGACCCGCUCUCGUCCUGGUUCGACAACGAGCGGUGGAAGCACUGCUAGUGCUUCAUCCCAGCAAUCAGUUACGUCGGGAGUAUCAAAUGGAAGCCGCAACUCAACGCAGAAGGAGACCAAUGGCCGAAUCUCAACCGCGGUCAAGAAAUCACAAAGCAAAAGAAGAACUAGACAGCCGGCUGCAAGUAAGCCGCGUUUAUUUUGCUGUACCUUCUGCUGUGAUCGAUUCAAGACUAAAUACGAUUGGGCGCGACACGAAAAAUCGCUUCACUUGAAUUUGGAAAACUGGGUCUGCGCACCAUUCGGAGGAUCCGUGAUAUCACCAUCAACGGGCCGUGCGCAUUGCGUUUAUUGCAACAAACUGGACCCUUCGCCAGAACAUCUUGAUGAACACAAGCAUGGAACUUGCAUGAAGAGUCAAUCACGCACCUUUCGGCGAAAAGACCAUCUCAUCCAGCACCUUCGUCGUUUCCACUGUCUUGAUAAUAUUCCGUUGGUCGACGACUGGAAGAUUGGUCUCACUGAUUUCAUGUCACGCUGUGGAUUUUGUGAUGCUCAAAUUACUAGCUGGGAGGAACGAGCUGAUCACCUGGCCCUCCAUUUCCGUCAUGGCUUGACUAUGGCUGACUGGAAAGGCGACCAUGGCUUUCCUCCUUGGAUUGCAGAGCAGGUAACUCACAGCGUACCUCCGUACCUAAUUCAACUUGAAUCGGACACACUGGUGCCUUUCUCUGCUACCAACGGACAAGUCCAAGAUCAUCUUUCCCAGAUGCUCUCGCGGGCGACAUUCAACAAUGAAUCGGGUGACCAUGAUAAUGAUACCCGGCCUCAUGAAGAACAACCGGAUAUGACGUCUUUAUUAAGUGAAUUCAAAACACAAAAUCUCUCUUUGGAUUCAUACACACAGGUCCUGACACUACAUCUGAGCCAUUUUGCCCAGCAGCAGAUGGCUCUUGGGGUUGUUCCAUCAGACGAAAUGUUUCAACUGGAGGCACGCCGUCUCCUUUUCGAUUCCGAUGACCCUUGGAAUCAGACUAUUGCAGAUCACCCGGAAUGGUUAGCUACAUUUCGGGCUGAUCAAGGGAAGAAUUGA